CACACUCCAGUCUAGUAGGUGGCGGUAAUGCACCUUUAAGAUGAGUUGCCAACCGCCAUUAAACUCGAAAGAACAAGAAAAAGAAGAACGUAAACUACGACAGUACGGACAGAUCCGGCCACUCGACAAGUAGAGGAAUUGUUUAAGUAUCUAAGUAAGCUCUUUUGACACAAUGGGACGUCACUUUGGAGACUUGGCCAAAAUAAGACACAUAAUUACCUACAGCAUUUCACCCUUUGAACAGAGGGCUUUCCCCCACUUCUUUUCAAAGGGAAUCCCCAAUGUUUGGAGACGAUUUUCAUCAUCUAUAUUCAAGGUUGCACCUCCAAUGAUUUUGAUGUACCUUACAUACACAUGGGGCAAUCAUGUUCAUGAGCAGAGCAAGAGGAAGAAUGCUAUGGACUUUGAGAAUGACAUGUGAACCAAGUCUUUAUCUCUUUCUUUGUGCUCUCUGUUAUUUAUAAUUAAAAAGGAUUGUAUUGAGUGAAAA